CCCACUCUGUCUUUUGUCCUUCUUCAAUCACAAUUUCUUACUCAACAUCUUCAACUCUUCCAUCACCGCCCCUUCCACGAGUAUCACCAUCAUGUCUCGAGAUCGGCGUGUAGCCAAGGAGCUUAAGGACAUCGAAGCCGACCAUGACGACUCAGGCGUUAACGCGAGUCCUGUUGACAACGACUUGAAGCAUCUCAAAGGAACAUUCCCUGCGCCUCCCGACACCCCUUACGCUGGAGGAACCUUUACAGUCGACAUUCAGAUCCCUGAUCAGUAUCCAUUCAAGGCACCAGUGAUAAGAUUUGACACCAAGAUUUGGCAUCCGAAUAUCAGCAGUCAGACAGGCGCAAUCUGUCUGGACACACUCAGCUCCAACUGGUCUCCCGUCCAGACCAUCAAAACUGCCCUUCUCUCCCUUCGAAUGCUUCUCGAGUGCCCAAACCCAAAGGACCCGCAAGAUGCCGAGGUUGCAAAGAUGAUGAUAGAAGACCCCAAACGCUUCGCGCUCAUGGCCCAUGAAUGGGCAGUCAAAUACGCCGGCGCUCCACGACAAGACGUUGAUCUCACUAAAUACCAAAACGACGUCGCAGCUGCUCCGCUUAAAGAUGAUAAUGCUCGUCUUGCCGGAUACAACAGAAACCUUGUCGAACGUUUUGUGAACAUGGGCUUCCCACUGGAAGAUGUUGUCGAGGCCUUCAUUUUCUUCGGUAUAGAUCGCAAUGGAGGCCGAGAUUACGAACUGGAAGAGGCUUACAUGGGGGACGUCGUUGCCAGACUGCUUCAUGAAAACUAAUGUGGACUACGGGAGGACUAAAGAGAGGGAAUAGCGAUUUGAAACACAAUUUCUUUAAGCAUGGUAUGGGGAGUUUGCAUCGGUUUGUUUUAACAACUUAGCAUAGACUGGGUAUGGGGUACAUGAGCUGCACUUCAUCUGGGCUCAUAGGCCAUGAUUAAUGGCACAAGAUAGGUAGUGGUUAAACUCAGCGGUAAUUAUGUGAAGAAGUUCUUCACUUGCUUACAUACUAUGCUCACUCCAGCUUCUGAGACAGCUACGUCGUCACAUGUGCAUAUUCCAGCAUGAUCAAUAUAGCUUGAAAC